ACUCUGUCUGGCUCGACUCAGCCGAGUAGAGGAUGGCUGCCUGCGUCUGAGCUGCUACCUCUGCGCUCACAGAGGGAAAACUCAACGUAAAUAGACUGAGGAGAUUAGAGGAGGAGAGGUGGGAAAGGAGAACUUUUCCGAGCGGAGGAAAUAGUUAUCACACAUUUCUUCGGGAGGUUUUUAUUUUUUGGGGAAAGUAGGGGGGAUUUUGGACCAUGCCUGCUGAAGUGAAACAGGAGCAGAGCCCCAGCAACGCCACAUCCCUGGCUAUGAUGCAGGAGCCGCAGGAGGUGGUAGAGGAGACGGUCACCAUAGAGGAGGACCCCGGCACCCCCACCUCUCAUGUCUCGGUGGUCACCUCCGAUGACGGCACCACACGGCGCACAGAAACCAAGGACUUAUCAACUAACGUGAAGGUUACCAAGAUGGUGAAGACGGUGACCACCCGGACAGUACGUCAGGUGCCCCUGGGCCCUGAUGGCCUGCCCCUGCCCGAGGGCUCAUCCCCGCUAGGCAGCUACACCGACUCUAUCGACCGGCGCUACAUGAAGAAUGGAGGUGACCGCUUCAUCACGCCUCAAGCAACCUCCACCCUGACACGCUCCUACAACAACUCCUAUAAUGAUUCAUAUGGCGAGACGCCUGAGAACCAGUAUGUUCGCCACUAUGGCCUUCACGAUGGCUAUGCUGAUUUGGCAGACAACUACGGCAGCCUGUCGCGUGGCGUCAACUUCCGACCGCCACGCUACCCCUACAUGCCCAACAGCUACCGACCGGAGAACAGCUACACGCUGCCUAUUCGUAAGGAUGACUAUGGCCAUGUGGCCCAGCCCCAGGUGCCUAUGGGUAGCAGCACUGUGGAUCUGAACCGCUCACAGCCAGAGCGCUUCCAGCCCGAGCCAUAUGGCCUGGAGGAUGACCGGCGCAGCUUGGGCCCUGAAGAGGAGGAGCCGUACGAGCUGGAGCCUGACUACUCCACUGCCAACCGACGCACCCUACAGGGGGCCAAUCGAGGUCGUACCCAUCGGGAACCUCUUCGUGAUGGGCCUCGAGGCAGAGGGUAUCCAGAUGACCCCAUUGAGGCAGAGCUGAUCGAUGAGCGCCAUCCUUACAUUCACGGCAUGUAUUCAGCACCGCUGGCCCAGCCUGAGAGGGGGAGCAUGGCCAGUCUGGACCGCAUGGGUGGCCGGCGCUCACCAUCCAUUGACAGCAUCCGCAAAGAUCCACGCUGGCGCGACCCAGAUCUCCCUGAGGUCAUUGCCAUGCUAGGCCACCCCAUUGACCCUGUCAAGUCCAAUGCUGCUGCCUACCUGCAGCACCUGUGCUAUGAAAAUGACAAGAUUAAGAAAGAUGUGCGUCAGCUGAAGGGAAUUCCUGUUCUGGUGGGGCUUCUGGACCACCCCAAAUCUGAAGUCCACCGAAAAGCUUGUGGUGCCCUGCGCAAUAUCUCUUACGGCAAGGACAAUGACAACAAGGUGGCCAUCAAGAACUGUGACGGAAUCCCGGCCCUCGUCCGCCUGCUGAGAAAGACCAAUGACAUGGAGGUUCGAGAGCUCAUCACCGGAACUCUGUGGAAUCUGUCAUCCUAUGAACCCCUGAAGAUGGUGAUCAUCAACCACGGCCUGCAGACCAUGACCAAUGAAGUCAUUAUCCCCCACUCGGGAUGGGAGCACGAGCCAAACGAGGACUCAAAACCUCGCGACGCUGAGUGGACCACUGUCUUCAAGAACACCUCAGGCUGCCUGAGGAAUGUGAGCUCAGACGGAGCAGAAGCUCGGCGCAGGCUAAGGGAAUGUGAGGGACUGGUGGACGCCCUGCUGCAUGCUCUCCAGUCAGCUGUAGGGAAGAAAGACAUGGACAACAAGUCUGUGGAGAAUUGUGUUUGUAUUAUGAGGAACCUGUCCUAUCACGUCCACAAAGAGGUGCCGGGAGCUGAAAAGUUCCAGGACCCCUCAGCACUGCAGGCCCCUGGCUCGGCAGGACCACAGAGGAAGAAAAAGGAUGACGCCGGCUGCUUUGGAGGCAAGAAGGCCAAAGAGGAAUGGUUUAAUCAAGGCAAAAAAAAUGGUGAGAACGACAAAAACUACGACACACUGGAUCUGCCCAAGCGCUCAGAGCCAUCAAAAGGCUUUGAGCUGCUGUAUCAGCCGGAAGUGGUGAGGCUCUACCUGUCUCUGCUGACGGAGAGCCAGAACUACAACACCCUGGAGGCUGCCGCCGGGGCCCUGCAGAACCUCAGCGCUGGACAGUGGACUUGGUCCAACUACAUCCGAUCCACGGUGCGUAAGGAGAAAGGUCUUCCCAUUCUGGUGGAGCUGUUGCGCUCUGACUCUGACAAGGUGGUCCGGGCUGUGGCCAUCGCCCUGCGCAACCUGUCCAUCGACCGCCGCAACAAGGAUCUGAUCGGAAGUUAUGCCAUGCGGGACUUGGUGAGCAACCUGCCCAGUGGUCAGCAGCGGCCAGCCAAAAACCUGGAGGAAGACACUGUGGUUGCCAUCCUUAACACCAUCCAUGAGAUCAUCACUGACAGCUCUGAAAACGCCCGCUCCCUCAUCCAGGCCCAGGCCAUUGAGAAGUUGGUCGCCAUCAACAGGACCAGCCAAUCAGCUCGUGAAACAAAGGCAGCUUCCCAUGUGCUGCAGACAGUCUGGAGUUAUAAGGAGCUGAGGAACGCUUUGACUAAGGAUGGCUGGAACAAGAGCCACUUCCAGCCUACGGUGACAGCCACCCCUAAAGCAACCAAGAACGGCAAGCCGGGCUACGACGACACCACUCUACCCCUGAUGGAGAAGAACCAAGGCACCAGGAAAGGUGGCAGUGGUGAUAUGAUACCUAUGGAUGAGCUGGGUCCAGAUGGUUACUCCACCAUUGACCAGAGGGACAAGGACUGCAAAUACAAGACAGCCGAUGGCUCAGUGGACUUGACAGAACGGGAGCCAUUAAAGAAUGACACAAAUAGGAAACACUAUAUCAGGAGUAACAGGCCUGCGGUCAGUCUGGUGGACGCUUGUGAUGUUAAGCCCCAGCCUGUUGACUCCUGGGUCUAAAUGCAUGCAUGGCUUAAAAUGACGACAGUGCAACACCCCAGCUAGAGGAGGAUCUCUCAUAUCACCACUGCCAUUUUACAUGGAGCUCAUCUUUGGAGUUGGACUUUGUACAGAAAAGAGGAUUUUAAAAAAAUGAUCACAACAGCAACUACACAGCAGCAGCCAGCAUUCUCAUGCUUUUAAUAUUUUUUUUUAAAGAAAAAAAAAGUGACUACUCCGACUACAUUCACACAUCCACAUUCCCACUGAACAUCAUGUGAAUUUUACAGUUUUGACUCUUGUUGAGCUCUACCGGUAACAAGAAACUGACCGAGGGCAGUGCUUGUGGAGGAAUGGACAUACAAAGGGUGGACAAAGUGAGGUGAAGGAAGUGAAGGGAAAAGGAACGUAUGUUGGAAGGAAACCUGCAGGAGAAGAAAUACGAAAUGGAUGUUUGUUCAUUUUAGUUUUUAAAUCCAGGAAGAAGUUCAUGCUUUGAUUUUGUUGGUUCUGGCUUUGGUAUUUUGAUGUGAACAGGUAUGGACUUGAGGGUCAGUGAAUGUUUGUUUUCAGACUGUUGGGUUGGAAUACGAGAAAGGAAAAGUAAAAGGAGAGAAACUGAGCCUGAGAAGAGCUGUAGCAUAGUGGAAAAACAUGUACUCCCAGCAGCCUGCUCUCAAAGACUUCCAGUCCAUUUGGUUCACUGUGUUUUUUCAAAACAAAAAAAAAAAUGCACUGAGAUGCUUUGAAAUCAAAAGUUGUUAACAGGUGAUUGAUGUCCAUUUUUAUAAAGUGUGGAGUGUACAAGUUGUAUUCUAGAGAAAGGAAGUUCACACUGCAUCGCAAAAGUACGAUAAAAUAUAAAGAAGACUUUCUGUUUCAUUGUGGACAACAUGUAUGAGCACAGAUACAUGUUGACUCUCACUCACAGAGCUGUGGUUACUUGUGUAACUACUCAGGUCGUGUAGCGAUGCAGUUUCAUGAGUUUCCUGGCUGGUUGCUCUUUGUCAAUGAUGUGUAUUAAAGAGAAUAUAAGGCAUUUUGUUUAUAAAUGAUUUGUGUUUUAGAAAGGAGAGGCAGAAGAUUGUUCUUUUGUUGAAAGGAUAGAUCUAAAAGCAUUUUUUAUUUUUGUUGGGUUUUAUAUAAAUGUAUAUUAGGGUCAAAAGGAAAAAAAAACUGCAAAAUGAAGGAAAAAAAAACAACAAAAAUUACCGACUUCUUAGUUGUAUAUUAAUAUCACAUUGUUUGGAAAGCACAUCUCAUUUGAUAAAGGCUCACCGUGUUUGUAAACAAGAAAUAACCAUGUAACUUAAAUGUGUGUCGAAAACUGUCGAGUUAUGUUGACGAUCACCUAUUUAUAUUUUGCAUUUGUCAAAAAAAAGGUUUAUCUGCAGUGUUCCUUCAGAAAGCGAAGAAUUACAUGUUGUCUGACAGCCCCUGUGUCUUCGAAACACACACUUUGGAGGGGUCAGAGGUCAGACAGAUGUCAUGGGAUAGACAUGAGUUUGCAGUGUUAAUGAAAGCCCCUUCAUUUUUCCUCCUAGUGGAUUCAGACCAAGUUACCACCAACCCUGAACCCUCCUCUACCGACGCAUUUUAAAGAGAAAUAUUCAGUCGUGAGCAUGAAGAAAAACUGUACAGAUGUUUAUAUUCUAUUCUUUCCAAGUGCCAGUUUUUUGUGGUGUCAUUUGGAUAUCGACUAAUUCAUUCAUGUGCAGGAUGAGAGUACAGGUGGACGAGUGAUUCUGGAUGUUCAAGGCAAAUAAAAAGAGUUCCAUCACGCUGUAAAAAACAUAAAAAAACAUCAAGUUUGGUCAUAAAGUAUAUAUUUUUACAACGUUUUAGGGUUGCAGUUGUGAUGUAGAAAAGCAGUGAGAUACAGAAUCGUAUUGCCAUUUUUCUCUUGCUUGAUGAGACUGCUGACAAAGUCUGUCUCCUGAUUCACUGUGAACGGGACACAGAAAGAGAAUCCAAUCCAAGUUUGUAUCACUCAUGCGUCAUCAAGGCGAACGGCAUGUGCCUGCAUUGAAGUCUGAUUUUUCUUUGUGACGUAUGUGACUUUAUAAAGCUUGCAUAUUUUACACAGUGUUUACAAAGAUGUACGUUGUGGCAAAAAUUAAUAAACUACAAAAAAACAUAGUGUAUAAAUUUUAAUUUCAAAGGUUUAAAAAGUUAGAAUAAUACCCAGCAUCCCCUUUGUGUGUCCUCAGAAGUUUGUGCUUUCAUUGGACAAUGCUGAACCCAUGCAACUGUCUAUUCCCGACUGCGCUUUGCAGUACCACAACCAAAGGAUCUGUUAAAUACACCUCUCUGAGGUAUAUUUACAUGCAUUCAUAAAAGGUUUUUUUUGUUUUGUGGAUGUACAGUGUACAUUUACAAAAUGAAGAGCCAAGCAACUGUGCUGUAAAAUCAAUGCAGGACACAGACACAAAUCGAAUCAAACAAGCCUACCUGUGUAGAUAUAACUGAUUCAAGACCGUCAAAAUAAAGUAACUGUAACACUCAGUAGCAGAUGUGUUUGUACCUAUCAUGUGCCUUAACCUUUUCCAUGGUAGAUAAAGAUAAGUGUGUUUUAUAUAAUUCUAUUCCUCCCUAUUCAACUGUCAUCUCUCCAUCCUGUCUAUUCACCUCCCCUCCACUCCUCCUGUGUCACCCUCUCUUCCUUUCUCUCAAACCCCCUCCCAGCCCCAAGUAGUUUAGACUGUUGGUGGGUUUCUGCCUUGUACUACGUUGUAUUAUAUACUUUUAAAAUGAUAGAGUCAUUCGAGAAAUGGGUUUGAUUUCCUAGAGGAGUUGUCAGUGCUUUCGUAGCAAGCAGAAGCGAUGCCACAGUGACAGAAUGUAUUAUGUUAAUUUUACUAAUACCCAGAGUCAAAUAUUACGCUUGUUAAUCUUAACGGAAAAAUACUGGUUUGUAGAGUAUAAAUUUGGUGUGUUUUCAAUAAAUCAUGCCUGGAAAGUA